UAGCCACCAGACAGAGCCAAGACAAUACUGAGAUGCCUUCUUCUUCGAGUAGCUCAACUUAUACAAAUACUGAAAAUAGCAGCUUUAUGGGUGCUGAAAAUAGUAACUCGAGCGUUAACGACGAGCCAUCGAAAAUACGAAAAAAGAAAAGUAACCAGUUUGGUGCAAUGCAGCAGGAAUUCUCUUUAUUUAAAGCAAUGAUUCAAAAAAAGAAAAACUCCCGAAAAUACGCCUGGUUGGGAACUUUGGUUGCCAAUCAAAUGGAGGAAAUAGACCAUAACAAACAACAGAGCGCUGCUUGGGAAAUACAGACGGUUAUAAAAAGAUAUAUUGAUGAAUCCAAUCAUCGCACUCCUGCAUUAUUAGCAACAUCAUCAUCAUCAGACAAGGACUUACUGCAGCUGUCCAUGGAUGAAGUUUUUUACAAGGAUGAUUUUCCUAGUAAAAUACUUAAGCGCCAAAAAAGUGAUACUGCGUGUAAAGUCACCAAAUCUGAAAACUAA